GUACGAAACGCCCGUCGAAUGCUUCGUGCCGUCCGCCCCCUGGCAACAAUUGUUUAAACAAGUCAAACAAGCUCACUGUUCACCGCACCGGCCCGAUCGAAAAUAGCUUUAGGAUGGGCCGGCGAAAGAAAAACGCCAAUGCGUCCGACGGUGGUAAUGGUCGCGCGGCGACGGAGACGGCUAACACGGUAGCGAAGGCGGCGGCGACAGUGGCCCCGGCCGCCACCAGCGAGCGGGAGGAGGAGGUGGACCCGUACACGAUACCGCUGCAUUCGCGCCAGGCCGCGUUCGCCAUCCUGUGGCUGCUCGUCUACAGCUUCGCCAUGUUCACGCUGCCGUUCGGUGCGUUCUACGGCACCCGGCACGUGCUGGCGGACCGGUUUCAGAUCGAGGGCUUCCCGAACACGUGCGGCUCGGUGCUGGCCGCGGUCGUGACGGUCAACGUCAUCAUCAUGCUGUACGCGUUCCGCGGCUUCCGCGAGGUGGAGGAGGAGGACCGGGAGCGGUCGAAGCAGAAGGCGAAAUAAGCUGACCCAUUCCAGCCGU